GGGAAGGGUUUGACGGAGCUGGUGGCCAAAGUGGACCCUGCGUUGAUGCCAGUAGCAGAGGCUUAUCCUUGUGAGCAGUGUGAUUUGGUGUUCCGUUCCAAGAAUCGGAAGGCUGUCCAUGUUCGUUAUGUUCAUAAGCAAAUGGCACCGAACAAGUGUGUGCUUUGUGAGAAGACUUUUUAUUCGCCAUCGGAGUUGGAGCGACACAUGAGGACACACACGGGGGAGAAGCCAUUUGGAUGUGAUCAGUGUGGGAAAGCCUUUGCCCUUUCUACCACACUAAAGGAUCAUCUGCGAUCCCACACUGGGGAGCGGCCAUUUAAAUGUUCUAUAUGUUUCAAAGCAUAUUCAUCGUCAUCGAUACUUGGAAGACACAAGCUCACCCAUGUUGGUGAACGAAAGUUUAAGUGUGACAUCUGUGAUAAGAGCUUCCUGUAUUCCAACUCACUCACAGUGCACAUGAGGACUCACACGGGUGACCGUCCAUUCACCUGUAACAUCUGUGGAAAGACAUUCACAGCCUCAUGUCACUAUCGUGUUCACAUGCGAAUCCACACUGGGGAGAAACCUUACAAGUGUACAUUCUGUGAAAAACAGUUCAACAACUAUGGCAGCCAUUACCGCCAUGUCCGCACACAUCAGGAGUGGAAGUUAAGCGGGGAGGAGGACGAGCAGGAUGAGCAGGAGGACAUUCCUGAGGUCUUCGAGGUCAAGCAGGAGGUCACAUCCAUCGACUCCGGAGAUGAAGGUGAUCUUGAGCAUAAGCUUGUUCCAUUUAUGCUGUCAUCGGCUCUGAAAACCAACUUGUUGCAAACACAGGGAGUACCAGAUAAAAGCCAAGUUAAAGCAGCCAAACAGAAACCGAAACUUGUAUCAUUAUUAGCUCCAAGGACAACAGUUGCUGAUGGGUCAACUGUUGUGUCUGCAGGGGCUGGGGCUUCAAAAACAGCAGUAGCCAGUUGUUCCAGUCUCUUGGCAGGAGCUCAUGUGAUGACCUCUGCUCAGUUAACCCCUCAAGAUGCUGAAUCAAAGGCCCCAUCUGCUCCAAGUGCAGCAGUAGGUGAUGGAUCGAACCUUGAGGACCAGAAUGAUCAAAAGACCUCAGUUCAGUUAAGCACACAGGAUUCAAAUCCUGAUGCCCACAUGAAUCCAGUCAAAGGCAGUCUGGGUAGUGUAAUCCUUGAGUUAAGUGAACCUGUUAAGUCUGGUAAAGCUGUGCAUCCCUCACAUAAGCAACACAUCCAGAAGGCGGCAGUUUACACAAAGGUGAUCACGACACAGCCUAGCCAAUUGCCCCCUAGUGAGUUGGCUCCACCUAGUGUGAAUAAGAACCCGAACCGGCCAUUGACAGGACCCACCACUUCUCCAUGGAAGACGGACACUGUCAAAAGGAGGAAGACUGAAACUGGACCCAUUCAGAACAAAUCCCUGUCCACAUCCAGCACCAUAGCCCAGCUGCUGUUGUCUCAGACAAACAGUUGAUACUAGGCGUAUGUGCCAGGGAAGGGGGUAAUACAUGCUACACAGAGAAUAUUUCCUGUGUAACUUUGUGAUGCUCUUAUCCACAGACACUUCAUCUGGGCAAUAUGUGUUGUGGAUAUGGGCAAUAUAUACUAUUCACACUUUGCUAAGGUCAAAUCAUGGAUUCAACAGAAAACUAUGAUGCGGGAUCAAAUUUGGUUUAAAUAUCUAAGCUUAUUGUGAGCAUGGAUCCUAGGUUUCAGUGUGUCAUUUCAUCUCGUGGAUCCAUACCUGCUAUUGAAAGGUGUUGUGUACUUGUCAAUGACUCGUUCCAUGAUU